ACUGAGCUGUUGUUUCUUAGUCGAGCGAAGUUGCUGUUUCUAGCUGUGGGCUUUUCAGCUGGCAGCCUCACUGUGGUUAGCCAUGUCUUUGUAGAACCCAAAUGUUUGAAUAUUGAGGCCCUUUCCCAUGGGCGUGAGCAUUUCAGAGGACACCCCUGGCAGCCAGUGUCUAAGGAACAAGAAACCAGAGUAGCUGUGUGCUCCUACCUGGCAGGGUGGAUGGGGGGUGACCUGGGGACCAAGCAGCUCUGUAAAGACUUUCUGCAUCUCUGUGCCAGCCCUUUGCUGCCCCUAUUUUUGUUGAAGCUGCUCACACAGGUGUCUUCUCUGCUUUCUUCUGACACCUGGGUGGGGGCAGGAGAGAAAGGAGAUGAACAUACUCAAGUGUUGGGCAGGAGGUCUGAGAGGACACAGGCUGCUGCUGACACCUUGCGGGUUUGAUCGUGACCCAGAUGUUGAGGGGGGUUGCACAGCCAGACGGCCAGCGGCAGCAGUGCCACGGCAGUCGGAGUGUGACAUCGCAGUAGAGCCUGUCUGGCUGAGAAGAGACCCGAUGCCUCCAUGGGACACCAGGAGGUGCCAGGCUGUGCCGUGGGCAGAAGCUCCCACUACCCCAGCAGGGAAACGGAGGCAGAAGGCAGGCAUGGGGAAGUUAUGGUAGCUUUAAAAUGCCUAAUCACUCUGGGAGGCUGAGACGGGCUGAUCGCUUGAGGCCAGAGGUCUAGACAAGUCUGGUCAACAUGGAAAAACCCCGUCUCUACUAAAAAUACAAAAAUUAGCUGAGUGUGGUGGCGCCCGCCUAUAACCCCAGCCGCUCUGGAGGCUGAGACAUGAGAAGCACGUGCACCCAGAAGAUGGAGGUUGCAGUGAACCAAGGUGGCACCACUGCACUCCAGACUGGGCAACAGAGCGAGAUUCUGUCUCAAAAAAAAACAAAGAAAUACCUGACUUGGUGCCCUUCGUGCCAUAUUUAUGCUUUAGCAUCAGUUUGUUUUUUUAAAAACUGUCUCCAUUGGAUGAAUUUGAUGCUGAUAAUUUUAACUCUGUUGGUUUUGUGACUUUGUGUAUUUAGUUUGGGUUCAGAGCUUGUCUGAGCCCUGCAGUGUUUCUCGUUUCAGGUUCACGCAUGUUUGCUGAAUGAAACUUCUCAGCCCUGACAGUUACGGAAGUUUCUCUUUUAAAAGACUCAGUCCAUUUUAAUUAAGUUUGAAAAUCACUGACAGAACUAGAAUACCAUUAAUCAUGUAAUUUUAUACACCCUAUGGGUAUAAAUUACAUCGAUUUAGACCUUUUUAAUCCAAUUCAGAAUAUUUCAGCUUCACGUAAGCAAGCGGACAUCAUUUCCACCGUUGAAUUUAAUUACUCUGGAGAUCUUCUUGCAACAGGAGACAAGGGCGGCAGAGUUGUUAUUUUUCAGCGUGAACAAGAGAAUAAAAGCCGCCCUCAUUCUAGGGGAGAAUAUAAUGUUUACAGUACCUUUCAAAGUCACGAACCAGAGUUUGACUAUUUGAAAAGUCUAGAAAUUGAGGAAAAAAUUAAUAAAAUUAGGUGGUUACCACAACAGAAUGCUGCUCAUUUUCUACUCUCUACAAAUGAUAAAACUAUAAAAUUAUGGAAAAUAAGUGAACGGGAUAAAAGAGCAGAAGGUUAUAACUUGAAAGAUGAAGAUGGAAGACUUCGAGAUCCGUUUAGAAUCACAGCACUACGGGUCCCAAUAUUGAAGCCCAUGGAUCUAAUGGUAGAAGCGAGUCCACGGCGAAUUUUUGCAAAUGCUCACACAUAUCAUAUAAAUUCCAUUUCAGUAAAUAGUGAUCAUGAAACGUAUCUUUCUGCAGAUGACCUGAGAAUUAAUUUAUGGCACUUAGAAAUCACAGAUAGAAGCUUUAACAUCGUGGACAUCAAGCCUGCGAACAUGGAGGAGCUGACGGAAGUCAUCACUGCUGCCGAGUUCCACCCGCACCAGUGCAACGUGUUUGUCUACAGCAGCAGCAAAGGCACCAUCCGGCUCUGCGACAUGCGCUCCUCAGCCCUGUGUGACCGACACUCCAAGUUUUUUGAAGAGCCUGAAGAUCCCAGCAGUAGGUCCUUCUUCUCGGAAAUCAUCUCGUCCAUAUCCGAUGUAAAGUUCAGCCACAGCGGACGGUACAUGAUGAGCAGGGACUACCUCUCGGUGAAGGUGUGGGACCUCAACAUGGAGAGCCGGCCACUAGAGACCCACCAGGUCCACGAGUACCUGCGCAGCAAGCUCUGCUCGCUCUAUGAGAACGACUGCAUCUUCGACAAGUUUGAGUGCUGCUGGAAUGGUUCGGACAGCGCCAUCAUGACCGGGUCCUACAACAACUUCUUCCGAAUGUUUGAUAGAGACACGCGGAGGGACGUGACCCUGGAGGCCUCGAGAGAGAGCAGCAAACCACGCGCCAGCCUCAAGCCCCGGAAGGUGUGUACGGGGGGCAAGCGGAAGAAAGACGAGAUCAGUGUGGACAGUCUGGACUUCAACAAGAAGAUCCUGCACACGGCCUGGCACCCCGCGGACAGCGUCAUCGCCGUGGCUGCCACCAAUAACUUGUACAUAUUCCAGGGCAAAAUCAACUAGAGACGCGAACGCAAGGACCAAGUCUUGUCUUGCUUAGUUAGCCGGUCAUUUCUCUGUCGGAGAGCAGGCACCAGUGUCCACUCCACUAAGAACAGUGACGCACCUGCUGCUUCCCUCAGACGCAGGAGAAAGCAGCCUCCACUGGAGGCUGGCGUGGUUCCGCCUUCGGUGAGGCGCGAGAUGGGCGCUGCUGCUCAUGUGGAGACGCUCUGGAAGCAGGGUUGACGGACACUGCUCCCAAAGGGCCAUUACUCAGAAUAAAUGUAUUUAUUUCAGCCCCAGCCUUCCUUUCCAAUCUAGACCAAAAAAUUAACACCCAAGAGCAAAGUUAUCGUCAGAUCUCUCUCUCCACUUCUUUCCCUCUUCUCUGCCGUCGAACCUUGGCUUUCCCUGCAGCGUGGCGUGGUGACCGUCACGUCCUCUGCAGCCUUCCUCUGAGUCCUGGUGGCUCCGUGGAUGAGUGGAUGUGGCCCGAGCAGGCUCAGGCGGCCCCACUCACCCACUGCAUCCACCGUCACCCCUUCGGGUGUGACCUCUCAAUAAAAACAACACACUCUAAAGUGUUUUUCAAUCCAAACAUAAGUAUUGUCUUUUUAUUGUUUUCACUGCAUAGAAUGAAGUUAUGCAGGAUCGUUCUUUGGAACUAUUGCAGAAAUGUGUGUCCUCGGCAGCGUGGUGGGGGGUGGCAGGGUGUGCAGCACUUCUCUCCCCACGCUCCCACCCGCUGUGUUUCUGUAGAAAUAGCCCAUCGGAUGCACCAGCUAAGGUCUGGGAAAGGCCAGAACCGAGGCCACCUCUGAGAAAGGAAAUUGCGAGGAAGAACUGAAAGUGCCGCCGUCCAGUUAGCCUGGUUUACAGUAGCCUCAGAUUCACUGCAGUUGAAGAAAUAAGUGCUUUCCUUCUGAGGACUUUUAAAGAGUAAUUUGGGGAAAAUAUACUUUUUAAAUAUUGCUAAAAUUACAGGCAUGCUAAGUUUCAUCCUGCAUUUCCAGCCAGCAGAUUCAGUGAUUUUAAUUACGUGAUGCCACCAGUACCUUGGUGGUUUAUUUUCGAAGUAAGAUCUUUGAUAUCAGAGAUCAAGAUUUUCCAAGACAAACAACAGAGAGAGGUGUGUGCCAGUGCCAAGUGACCAGAGCUUGCUUACGUGGGAUUUAACACACACCCACCGUGUGUCCCGAGGGGAGUGCGGAGUCGGGCUCCCAUGCCCCCGUGGAGGUGAAGGUGUGUGCGAUUAAUCCUCACCCUGAAUUAAUGCUGACACACGCCGCUUGAGUUCACAUGAAGUUAGAAAUGGAGAACUUCAAAGUUCCUUUAUUUUAACUUACAACUAAUUCCUCUACUGUAUAUUGAUUGCAACACGAUUGGCAGAGUCUUGAGGUGUGGAGCAGGGUUACUUAAGCAUCAGUCAGCCCUGGUCCUUAAAAAGUUCUAGGAAAAUGGGAUUGUAUAUAUUUGUUCAACUAUUUUGACCAAAAAGUUUAAUAAAUUUUAAAUGUUUAACUGGA